CGCAUGCGCCGCGCGGGCCCGGGGGUUGGGGGUGCGAGCGCUGCGGGCUGCAUGUCCGGGCUGCGUGCGCUUUUGGGGCUCGGGCUGCUGGUGGCGGGCUCGCGCCUGCUGCGCGUCAGAGCCCAGGCCGGCGCCUGCCGCGCGGGCCCCACCUGCUGGGGGCCGCAGCGGCUGAUCUCGGGUGGCCGCGGGGACUCAGAGGUCAUGGCGAGUUCAGCGGUGAAGUACCUGAGCCAGGAGGAGGCCCAGGCCGUGGACCAGGAGCUGUUCAACGAGUACCAGUUCAGCGUGGACCAACUUAUGGAGCUGGCCGGGCUGAGCUGUGCCACAGCCAUUGCCAAGGCAUAUCCCCCCACGUCCUUGUCCAGGAGCCCCCCUACUGUCCUGGUCAUCUGUGGCCCCGGGAAUAAUGGAGGAGAUGGCCUGGUCUGUGCUCGACACCUCAAACUCUUUGGCUACCAGCCAACCAUCUAUUACCCUAAAAGGCCUAACAAGCCACUCUUCACCGCACUGGUGACCCAGUGCCAGAAAAUGGACAUCCCUUUCCUUGGUGAAAUGCCCCCAGAGCCCACGCUGAUUGAUGAACUCUAUGAGCUGGUGGUGGAUGCCAUCUUCGGCUUCAGCUUCAAGGGUGAUGUCCGAGAGCCAUUCCGCAGCAUCCUGAGUGUCCUGGAUGGACUCACUGUGCCCAUUGCCAGCAUCGACAUUCCCUCAGGAUGGGAUGUGGAGAAGGGAAACUCUGGAGGGAUCCAGCCGGACUUGCUCAUCUCCCUGACAGCACCCAAAAAGUCUGCCACCCAGUUUACUGGUCGCUACCACUACCUGGGGGGUCGUUUUGUGCCACCUGCUCUGGAAAAGAAGUACCAGUUGAACCUGCCACCCUACCCUGACACUGAGUGUGUCUAUCGUCUGCAGUGAGGGAAGGUGGGUGGGCAUUCUUCCCAGUAAAGACUUAAUUCCUCUCUC